UGGGUGCGUUUCCGGUGUUCAUCUUCUUCGUCUUCGGUCUCGCUACCUCGCCGUCCGCCGAUCCGAUCCGAGGGUAACAAGCACAGCUCAUUGGUUAUAAAGCUAAGGAUGGGGCGGGGCUCCACGGUUGCUCUCGCGGCGGCGGCACUGCUGGUGUUGCUGCCGAUGCUGCUGCUAGUGUCACUGCCGGCCGCGGACCUGCUGCCGUCCGCGGACCCGUACGAGCAGGAGAGCCGUCGGGUGUUCGUGGAGUGGAAGGCCAAGAACGGGAAGACUUAUACGUACGCCGGCGAGGAGGAGUGCCGGUACGCGUUGUUCAAGGACACUCGCCGCCGCGUCGCCUGGAACAGGGCUGCCUGGGAUAGGGCCGCCGGGCCGACAUCAUCUCGCCUCAACGGUUUCGCCGCCAACUCCAUUGAGGAGAUGACCCUUGGCCUCCUCGGGCCCGAGGUCGCAAAGAAGGAGGAGUACGAGCAGGAGACCCGCCGGAUGUUCGUGUUGUGGAAGGCCAAGUACGGCAAGACCUACAGAGAUGUCGGCGAGGAGAGGUGCCGGUAUUGGUUGUUCAAGGGAAACCGCCGUGUCAUCAUCCGGCUCAACGCCGCCACCGGGCAAGACGUGUACGGCCUCAACCAAUUCGGGGACCUCACCAACGAGGAUGUCCGGCAACGCUGCUACCCGAAGGCGGACCGAGAGCUGAGCGCCAGGUGCCAAGCCGCCAUCCUCGACCCGGGCUCGAGCACCGUCCGCGACCGCGAGAGGCUGAUUUCGUACAUGGUAAUCAUCUUGCAUUGCUAG